AUGAAUCUUUCCAGUGAAUUCGAAGUGUCCCUGUACACUGGAUUGCCUUUAGAAGAGGAUGAAAUAGACAUAGUGGGCGAAAUCGAGCCUGUCCACCGGCGUUUGUUUCGGAAUGAGUGCUCAGUGGACCCCGGAUCCCCAACAGAAUCCUCUUCAGAGUUUGACUCAUCGGAGCCAGAUUCAUCGGGAGAAAACGAGAGCAGCUUUUGUGCCAACACGCCGCAGCCCAAAGUUAAGAACACCACGGUAAAGCCGCCCUUCUCCUACAUUGCUCUCAUCACCAUGGCCAUCCUGCAAAGCCCGCUGAAGAAGCUGACGCUGAGCGGCAUCUGCGACUUCAUCAGCAACAAGUUCCCCUACUACAGAGAGAAGUUCCCCGCCUGGCAGAACUCCAUCCGACACAACCUCUCGCUUAACGACUGCUUCAUCAAGAUCCCGAGAGAGCCCGGAAACCCGGGCAAGGGGAACUACUGGUCACUGGAUCCCGCGUCGGAGGAUAUGUUCGACAACGGCAGCUUCCUCCGCCGAAGGAAGCGCUUCAAGAGGAACCAGCCCGAGUUUGGCAAAGAAGGACUUCUGUUUUAUUCCAGCUUAAGUUGCUGCCGGCCGUACGCGCAACCGUACAGCAUGCAAGGCCAGGUAAGCCCCGCUCCCGCUGCCCCUCUCCGGUACGUGCCAAUGCAGGAGGGCAUGUUGAUGCCUCCCACGUCCUACCAGCUUCUGCCGCACGCUUUAACCGGUUACGGAAAGGGCGGUGGGCACAAAGACUUCAGGGCUCAGGCGUGCGCAAGAGAGCCAAAGCCUGGAAUGCCCGCAAAGUGCUCUUUCAGCAUUGACAGUAUCAUGAGCAGACCGUGUCCUGUCAAGCAACAGAACCCAAACCCGGCGCACAGCCCUCACAGCGGCCAGGAAUAUGCUCAUCUAGUGUCAAGCCCAACCGCCUGUUUGGUGCCCACAAUCCUGCAGCCGCUCAGGACUUCUUUCUGCCCCCCUCCCAUGCUGGGCAACAUCCCCUCAACAAACCAGCAUCUCAGACUCUCUUAUCCUCGCUGCUGA